AUGCUCUCCACAACUCUCCUCCAGAGCCUCCUGCUUGUCGCAGGAGCUAAUCUCGCGCUCGGCAACCCGGUCUGGGCCCGCUCCAUCGGGGCACCGGAGCACAUUGAGGUCCUCAAGAUGCGCGCCUCGACUUCGGUGAACCCGGACUCGGUGUCCAACACCAAGUGCAUCGACCCCAGCGUCGAUAUCGACUUCCACGACCAAAACGUGGCCGAGCUGGGUAUUUGCGGAGGCAUUGCAGGAACCAUUCAGAAGUGUGGAGGAGCGCCCGAAAGCACCACCGGAACUUCAGGGACUGCAGAGUUUAAGCUCAACGCUGCGACUAGUGGGGCUACUAUCAACAUCUCCAAGGGACGCUGGGAACAGUGUAUUCGAGCUGCGAGAGCUGUGUGCCCGACUGGGUCGAUGAGCGGAACUUGUGCUGGUGGCGCUUCGGAGGGGGAUGUUGACUUUACUCUGGACAACCCAUAA